UUAGGUGCUUUAUGACAGGCAAUGAGUAAAAGUUCAGCUCAGAGAACUCAUAGACCUGCUGCUCUUAAGCAAUGGCAUAAAAUAAGAGAGUGAAAGAGGAGUAAAUCCUCCACUCGGUGCGAAAGGAAUUCAUUUGUCACUAUAUAGACACUAAAGGCGUGUAGGAGAUGGAAUCCGGUGAAGCGAGUGUACAAUAUAACCGCUGGAACGAUGAAAACAUCAACGUCAGUGCAGCUGCUUCUCAGACUAAUCUGAAUGGGAUCUAUAACAAGGUGUGCACAGGGCAGCUGGGUAUUGCUGUAAGAGUGGCAGGCUCGCUGGCUGUAAUGGCUGCCAUGUACAUCGUCGGAUACAUCACAGGAUACUACGUCCACAAAUGCUGACACCCAAAAGGCCAUUUAAAUCGCUGCGUCCACCAUACAAUAUGGUGAAUGACUGAAUAAACUGUGAGCUUUUUAUAUAUUUACACACCCAAUCUUCAAGCUGGAAUUAAGCACAUUUCUCUUGUUCCACAAUUUAUAGUAUUAUCAGAAGGUAAACAUGGUUUAUGACCUGGUUUCUCUGUAUAUGGACUUAAUGUAUUCUAUUGCAGAAAAAAGUUUCAAGUAAUGUGGUAUAACAAUGUAAUUUUGCAUGAUCUUCCAUUAUAAAAUACAUGCACUUUUAAAAAGUCCCAUUUGA